AUGAAGAUCUCGAUUACCUCUGUCCUCGCCGUCCUCAGCCUUCUGGCCAUUGCCAGUGCCAAGGGUGCUGCUGUGGAGGCUGACAAGGAUUUUCCCAUCACCAACGCAGUCCUCACUGUCUCCAUCAUCAGUCCUUAUGGCACUCCCUCCACCCCUGAUGAGAUCAAGUUCAUGGAGGCUGCCCUGGUCAGUUCCUACAAGAAGAGCCAUGACAAGACUGACAUCUUUGUGCUCAAAGGAGCCAAGUAUGCUGGUGAGAGCCAUGAGCCCUACAUGACCUCAGCUGCUGAUGAAGAUGCCUCCUUGGGAUUGCAAGGUAGCAGCUAUGUUGACAUCUAUCAGUACUUUCCCCAGCUCUUCUGUCCCCGUCGUUCCCCCUGCCGUGUUGCUUCUUUUGAAGAACUUGCCAUUGCUACUGAAGUGACUGAUGGUGCUACUGCUGGUGUUGGACAUCCAAGUACUCAUCAUGAAGUCUGGGAGAAGAAGCUGUGCAAGAUCAUGUCCAAGAGCAACUACGAUGUCUUCAAGGGAGCUACCGACUGCAAGAUCACCUUUGAAGAAGCCCCUGAUGACUCCACUGCUGCUGCCAUCACCACUGCCAAGGAUGCUGCUACUCUGGAGGUCACUGCUGAUACUGCCAUGGAGGAUGUUGCCUUGGAUGCCUCUGAUGACAACGAUUUUCCCAUCACCAACGCAGUCCUCACCAUCUCCAUCAUCAGUCCCUAUGGCACUCCCUCCACCCCUGAUGAGAUCAAGUUCAUGGAGGCAGCCCUGGUCAGUUCCUACAAGAAGAGCCAUGACAAGACUGACAUCUUUGUGCUCAAAGGAGCCAAGUAUGCCGGUGAGAGCCAUGAGCCCUACAUGACCUCAGCUGCUGAUGAAGAUGCCUCCUUGGGAUUGCAAGGUAGCAGCUAUGUUGACAUCUAUCAGUACUUUCCCCAGCUCUUCUGUCCCCGUCGCUCCCCCUGCCGUGUUGCUUCUUUUGAAGAACUUGCCAUUGCUACUGAAGUGACUGAUGGUGCUACUGCUGGUGUUGGGCAUCAAUUUACUCAUCAUGAAGUCUGGGAGAAGAAGCUGUGCAAGAUCAUGUCCAAGAGCAACUAUGAUGUCUUCAAGGGAGCUACCGACUGCAAGAUCACCUUUGAAGAAGCCCCUGAUGAAUCUGCUGCUGCCAUCACUACUGCCAAGGAUGCUGCUACUCUGGAGGUCACUGCUGAUACUGCCAUGGAGGAUGUUGCCUUGGAUGCCUCUGAUGACAACGAUUUUCCCAUCACCAACGCAGUCCUCACCGUCUCCAUCAUCAGUCCCUAUGGCACUGUCUCCACCCCUGAUGAGAUCAAGUUCAUGGAGGCAGCCCUGGUCAGUUCCUACAAGAAGAGCCAUGACAAGACUGACAUCUUUGUGCUCAAAGGAGCCAAGUAUGCUGGUGAGAGCCAUGAGCCCUACAUGACCUCAGGUGCUGAAGAAGAUGCCUCCUUGGGAUUGCAAGGUAGCAGCUAUGUUGACAUCUAUCAAUACUUUCCCCAGCUCUUCUGUCCCCGUCGCUCCCCCUGCCGUGUUGCUUCUUUUGAAGAGCUUGCCAUUGCUACUGAAGUGACUGAUGGUGCUACUGCUGGUGUUGGACAUCCAAGUACUCAUCAUGAAGUCUGGGAGAAGAAGCUGUGCAAGAUCAUGUCCAAGAGCAACUAUGAUGUCUUCAAGGGAGCUUCCGACUGCAAGAUCACCUUUGAAGAAGCCCCUGAUGACUCUACUGCUGCUGUCAUCACCACUGCCAAGGAUGCUGCUACUCUGGAGGUCACUGCUGAUACUGCCAUGGAGGAUGUUGCCUUGGAUGCCUCUGAUGACAACGAUUUUCCCAUCACCAACGCAGUCCUCACCGUCUCCAUCAUCAGUCCAUAUGGCACUGUCUCCACCCCUGAUGAGAUCAAGUUCAUGGAGGCAGCCCUGGUCAGUUCCUACAAGAAGAGCCAUGACAAGACUGACAUCUUUGUGCUCAAAGGAGCCAAGUAUGCUGGUGAGAGCCAUGGGCCCUCCAUGACCUCAGCUGCUGAAGAAGAUGCCUCCUUGGGAUUGCAAGGUAGCAGCUAUGUUGACAUCUAUCAAUACUUUCCCCAGCUCUUCUGUCCCCGUCGCUCCCCCUGCCGUGUUGCUUCUUUUGAAGAACUUGCCAUUGCUACUGAAGUGACUGAUGGUGCUACUGCUGGUGUUGGGCAUCCAAGUACUCAUCAUGAAGUCUGGGAGAAGAAGCUGUGCAAGAUCAUGUCCAAGAGCAACUAUGAUGAUGCUGCUACUCUGGAGGUCACUGCUGAUACUGCCAUGGAGGAUGUUGCCUUGGAUGCCUCUGAUGACAACGAUUUUCCCAUCACCAACGCAGUCCUCACCGUCUCCAUCAUCAGUCCCUAUGGCACUGUCUCCACCCCUGAUGAGAUCAAGUUCAUGGAGGCAGCCCUGGUCAGUUCCUACAAGAAGAGCCAUGACAAGACUGACAUCUUUGUGCUCAAAGGAGCCAAGUAUGCUGGUGAGAGCCAUGAGCCCUACAUGACCUCAGCGGCUGAUGAAGAUGCCUCCUUGGGAUUGCAAGGUAGCAGCUAUGUUGACAUCUAUCAGUACUUUCCCCAGCUCUUCUGUCCCCGUCGUUCCCCCUGCCGUGUUGCUUCUUUUGAAGAACUUUCCAUUGCGACUGAAGUGACUGAUGGUGCUACUGCUGGUGUUGGACAUCCAUUUACUCAUCAUGAAGUCUGGGAGAAGAAGCUGUGCAAGAUCAUGUCCAAGAGCAACUACAAUGUCUUCAAGGGAGCUACGGACUGCAAGAUCACCUUUGAAGAAGCCCCUGAUGACUCUACUGCUGCUGUCAUCACAUCUGCGUCUGACCAGAAGUUCAAUCUUCGUGGAGCUGUCUCGGUGUCUGCCUCUGCUGAAGAAGAGUAG